UUUUCAAACAUAGAAGUGUGCCUAAACAAUUUUCAAAUUCAACUGGUACGAACUUCAAUCCAACAAGGAGUCUUUUUUAUUGAUUCUCUUGGAUAAUCAGGUCUCUAACCUUUCACAAAACUAAGACGUAAAAUACACAGACGACGCAAAUCGUCAACACCGAUACCUGCAGCAGCUGAGAGAUCUACAAUGUAAAUUCAGCUGUUAAUCUGAAAAAGAGUUUGUAGAAUCGAAAGGCAGUUUACGUUACAAUUUAAUAUUUUGUUUACCAGUUUGUAUCUAAAGGAAUACCAAAUUUUGUAGCGUGGAUUUUAUUUUGUCGAAAAUAUUGAAAGUGCUUAGAGAAGUGGUUUACCUGAAUGCUCGUGUUGCUUCUUUUACUUACUUAGGUGCUGGUGGGCAUCAUUAUCCGUUUUGAGUGAAACCUAAUUCAUGCGUCAAAAGGAGUGAAACAUUUUAAGUAAUCAACAAUGCGGCUUAACGAAAAUACGCAAAUUAUUGGUAAAAAUGUCAUUUUGGUACCUUAUGAGUGGAAGCACGUAGUCAAAUACCACAAAUGGAUGCAAUCCAGAGAGCUGCAAAAGUUGACCGCGUCCGAACCUCUUACGCUGGAGGAAGAGUAUGAAAUGCAAAGGACAUGGCGAAGAGAUGAAGAUAAAUGUACUUUCCUAAUAUUAUGCCGGAAAACGUACGAAACGACUGGAGAUGAAAUUAAAGCUUUAAUUGGCGAUACAAAUCUAUUUUUGCACCCGAAAGAAGAAAGCGGAGAAGAACUUGCCGAAAUUGAAAUUAUGAUCGCUGAACCAGAAAUGAGAGGGAAGGGUUUUGGUUGGGAAUCGGUGCUUCUUAUGUUAAAGUACGGUUUAAAGUACUUGAAUAUUCAAAAAUUCGUAGCGAAGAUUGGUAUGGAUAAUACAAAAUCCAUAAAGAUGUUUCAAAAAAUUCAAUUUGAAGAAGUGACACGUUCGAAAGUUUUCCAAGAGGUGACAUUGGGCAGAUACGUUACUGAGGAAUGGCUGAAGUGGUUAGACAAGCAAGUGUUGCUUAUCAUUAAAGCUUACGAUAAAAAUUAGGCUUGUCUUCUGUUUUAGUCUUACCUUGUGUCGUUCAAUAUUA